AUGCAGCGUGCCGCUUCAGCCCUGCGGUCGCUGGGCAGGCGGAUCCCAGGGAACAACUUCGGCGCCGCGGUGGGCGAGAACGGUGCGGUGGCGGGGCGGAACCAGGCUGGCGUGCACAACUCGAGCUUGCACCGCAGCAACGUCGUGAAGAGCGGGGAGUCGAACGUUUCGACGCAGAGGGGCUAUGAGUAUCCGCGGGAUCCCUACACGGGGGCUCCCAUGUUGCCGGAGGCUGGGGAGCCGUGGGUGAAGUGCUCGAAGACGGGCAAGACCAUCUGCCCAGUGACGCAGCAGCCCCUGGGCCCGCUGGCCGCGAGCACACGCCUCUCCUUCAAGACCGCACUGUGGUUCGCGGGACCCUGCAUUCUGUACGCAUGGUAUCAGCUGUCUUUCGGGGAGUACCUGUACCCUGACAGGUACUACGUGCUUGCGUCCGACAACUGGCGCGCGAAGGACAGCGAGCGGCUCCCCGCAUACAACCGCGACCGCGGUGCCCACGAUCACCACUGA